AUGGGUCGUGGAAAAAGGCACAGAGAUAGACAAAAACGAAAGAAAAGCAGCGAAUCAGACAGUGAGAAAAGGUCAAGUAAAGAAUUCAAAUAUGGCGGUCUUUUGACCAGCGAUGUUUUAGGUGCUGCUAACACUGUGUUAUAUAAUAGUGACAUUGAAAGUGAUUUGGAUUAUAGCCAAUACGAAGAUACAGAUAUUUUUUCUAUAUGUGUAACCCAUUUGACCGAGAAUAAAGUCAUCGAUGUAGAAGGCUAUGUGUGGUACGGAAAUAACCGUAAAAACAUUCACGUUAAUGCAGUUCGAGGAUCAGGUGGGGUUGGAAUUUUAGUGAAAUCUUGGGUAAUUGAAAUGUUUGAUAUCACCAUUGUUGAAAAUGCCAUUGAAGGGAUUCUAGCUUUGCAACUUAAGUGUCGCUCUACUGACUGUUGUUCAUUGAUUGUUUCCGCUUAUUUGCCCCCAGAAAAUUCCGUUUGGGGAAGGGAUGCGCAGACGUUUUUCGCACAUAUCCUAUCGCUUAUAUAUAUAAAUAGUGAAUGCGAUACCAUAUUCUUAGCAGCAGAUUUUAACGCCAGAAUUGGGUCAUUGUCCGAUAUAUUGCAAGAUGUUGAUUCUUUGCCAGCACGUGUACCAAUUGACAAUGUUGUAAAUCAGCACGGUAGAGAACUCAUAGACUUUUUGAUAGAUUCUAAGUUUUGUACCUUGAACUCGCGCUUCCAAAAUGACAAUUUUACAAGUAUCAGUAUGAAAGGUAAAUCCGUGGUUGACUACAUAUGCGUUCCACAUGAUGUAUUUCAACAAUGUCAAUCUUUCAGUGUGAUAACAAUACAGUCUUUUGUCGAUGAAAACGAUUUGCACGGAUUAAUUGGCCAACGAUCAUGUUUACCUGAUCAUUCGGUACUACUGGUACGCGUCUCGUUGAAUAUUGACAUUUCACGUGCAGACCGAUUUACGAAUAAUCCGAGUACGCCUACAUCAUUUAAGUACAAGCUUAAUCACAUUCCAACGGAUUUUAUGAACAGAGACAUUGCUAGACUUGCUAUAUUAGAGGUAAUAGGACGCAUUGAGUCAGCGAGAGACACGCAAUUUGAAAUAGACUCAAUUUACUGUAAACUUUGCGAUACAAUUUUGAAUGAAAUGAAUCAUAGUAUUCCUCGUUAUAAUGCCUCUAAUCGUACGAAAAAACGUAAUAAGAAUGCUAAACCGUAUUGGAAUGAGGAACUUACAGAUCUGUGGAAUGCUAUGGGAAUGACUGAAAAUGAGUUCCUUAAAUGUAAUGGCCCGAGGCGUAUCAAAUCCCAAAAAAGACUCGAUUAUGUGUUGGCGCGGAAUAGGUUUAACAAAUUACUACGGAAGACUGAACGGGAAUUUAAGCGGAGCAUUUCAGUUGAUAUCGAGGACAUGUCGACAUCGAACCCAAAUGAAUUGUGGGAUAAAAUCAAACACCUCGGACCAAAGCGCGAUUCGUCGAUUCCAGUUGAAAUAAUUGAUGAACAAGGGCAUGUUGUGACUGAUGAAAAUGUGGUGUCCGACAGAUGGAAGUGUGAUUUCGCUAAUCUUUAUAAUGGCGAUGAUAAUGAGGAAUUUGACAAUAGGUUCUAUGACAGAGCAAAAAUACACAGACAGUUAUUAGAGCUAAACAUAGUUGAUCCGUUGUACACUCCAAAUGAGCAACUUAAAAAUAAUAUUACCCUGGAGGAAAUCGUUAAGAUCGUCAUGAGUGCAAAUUCUAAAUCGGCAUGCGGUAUUGAUAAUAUCCCAUAUGCAGUCUUGAAAUAUCCCCCGGUCAUUGCUGCUCUUCAUAAACUGUUCCAACUGGUAUUUGAUACGAACAUUAUUCCUAGUGAAUGGAGAAAGUCAGUUAUAUUCCCAAUUCUGAAGGAUAAAAAUUCCGACAAAAGACUUCCUCUAAAUUAUAGAGGUGUAAGCCUACUCUCAUGUAUCAGUAAACUUUACAGCUCAUUUAUUAAUAAGCGAAUAUCAUAUUACCUUGAAGAAAGUGACCUUUUAGCGGACGAGCAGAACGGAUUUAGGAGGGGUAGAUCAUGUGAGGACCAUGUAUUCACGUUAAGCAGUCUCGUGCGUAACCAUGACAACCUACACACGGCUUUCAUUGACCUUAAAAAGGCAUUUGACUUUGUCGACCGUGAUAUGUUAUUGUACAAGCUACUCUUAAAUGGCAUUGACGGAAAAGUUUAUAAUGCAGUGAAAA